UUCUACCUUACAAUCACAACAAUUACAACUUUUACAACUUUUACCUCUUUUGUUCUCCUUUCUUCAAAUCAGUCUGUCAAGCUGAUUUAAACUUAAUUAUUUUGAUUAUUUAUCAUCUUCUUUAAGCUGCUUUCCAUGUUUCAUUGUCCUACCUCUCGACUUACAUUGGACUCCGUCACAUCCAGCGAGCAGCACUAUCAAUUUCAAAAUGCCUACUCGUGCGGCCACCAGGGCUGCAGAAGCAGCAGCAAAUCAAAAUACUGCUGCUGCCACUCUCUCUUCUCCGCCAGCUACGCCCUCUAAUGCCAAGAAAAUUCUUAAAAAUGUCGCCACCGGUUCUGCAACUAAGCCUCGAAAGCGUGCCCCACCAAAGAAGAAAGCAAAGUUAGCACCAGAACCAAUGAUGGGUGGUUGGGAUGUCCUUCCUCAUGGAAUGGGCAAGAAAGGUGAUCUUUUGGAUGACAACUUUGGCGAUGUCGGCACGGAGCUCACUACUCCUGCCCCUAAGAAGGCUACACGAGCCAGAGCAGCUAAAGAUGCUGCUGAAACUCCACUUAUCAAGGAUGAGGAUGAGGAGAAGCUACUUGAUCUUGGCGAUUCAGUUGCAGCUGAUCUCCUUGAAGAAGUCAAGGAGGAGAAGCCUAAUAAGAAGAGAUUAUCACGCAAGGAGAAGGUGGCCGACACAUCCAACGAGGUUGGGAUAUCCCCAACAAAAGCUCCCAAGAAAAAUAAGAAAAAUUAUGGUCUCGUCUUUGAUCAAACACCUUUCCCGGAUCAUGUUUCACCCACCAUCCUAGAGGCCGAGACGGUAAACAGCUUAUUGGCUGCCUUACAUGGUGAAGUCAAGCCACCUGACACAGUUCCAGCUCCAUCAGAAACUGUCACUGGAUGUGGAGAGGUUCCAGAUGCUCUUGACGCGACUUUGAGAACCCUUCUCAGCGCUGCAACUGCUGCUGCCAACGCUAAUAAGUCUAUGGCAGGCUUGAAGGAGAGAUUUGGAUUGAGAACAUCUGGCAAGGGUGCAGGCAGUGUGUCAUGGGAGGCCGUAUUUGCUGCACCGGAAGAAGAUGUUGUUGAGGCCAUUAAGUCAGGUGGUCUUGCCAACGUGAAGGGUAGUAACAUCAAAAAAAUCCUAAACAAAGUUUACGAUCAAAACACCGAGCUUCUAGAGAUUUUAUUGAAGGAAGUCGAUACUAAUGUUUCAAUCCCAUUCAUUGGAAAGGUUUUGGAAACUAAGGAGCAAAAGGAAGCUGAGAUUAAAAGCUUGGGGGAGAACAUGCUCUCAAUUGACUAUAUUCACGCAUUGGAUAAACCAGCUGCUAUGGAGGUGUUGAUGGAUUUGCCUGGUAUUGGUGUUAAGACUGCAGCAUGUGUUGCCUUGUUCUGCUUGGGAAGACCAAGCUUUGCUGUUGAUACGCACGUUUGGCGUCAUUGCAAGUGGCUUGGCUGGGUUCCUGAGGGAGCAACCCGCGACCAAACGUUCAGUCAUUGUGAAGUUCGAAUUCCAGAUCACUUGAAGUACUCUCUUCAUCAAUUGUUCCUCCGACAUGGAAAGACAUGUGGUCGCUGUAGAGCUGCCACAUCCGAGGGUUCUGCCGAUUGGGAGAGCACCAUUUGCCCUAUUGAGCAUUUGGUAAACAGAACUGGGGAAAAGAAACAAUCAGGUUAUGGUGCUGCCAAGAAGGUGACUAUCAAGGAGGUUGUAAAGAAGCUUGCAAAGGGUUCGAAGAAGAGAAAGAGAAGUGCCGAAAAAAGUGACGAGGACGUAGAGGUUGAAAUGGAUGCCGAGAAUGAUGUGGAGUUAGAAGAUGAUGCGAAAGCCGUUGAUGGACUUGUGUUGGAAGACGAAGAAAUUGAAGCAGAGACCGAAACCUCCCUCAAUAUCCAAACCACUGAAGAAUUCUCACCACAAACAGAAGAAACAUCUACUCACGACAAUGGGGAAAAGGCAUACGUGUAUUAGGAACGAGCAGACACGAACAUACAAGGAAGGAAGAAUCUGCAUAUUUAGAGUUAUUUCGCUAGUUAUUUGCUAACUUCGGAGUUGGGUAUGAGGGUGGCAUAUUUACAUUUUCCGCUAAGAUACCCAUUUGCAUUUACUGGCUUGAAAGUUCAUUUAUUGGCAUGAUACAUCAGGAACAUGAGAGCACUAGAUCAUACGAGAAAAAUGGGAUAAAUGGGAAUUUCUGUUAUCUAAACACGUCAUCAUUUCAUUCAUGAUCGAACUCUUUUUUCAUCUUAAACCUACCCACCUUAAUCGAUGGGCCGACGUAGGAAAUUAUCAUUGUUGAUAAUGUUGAACUGAGAUCGACUUCGAUGAACUGAGGUUUAUGAAGCAAGUUAGGUGGGUAAUCACCUACAGA